AUGGGUGUGAAAACAGAAUUCCGAUCAUCCGAGCCAAUUUCGGAUCUCGAAAAGAGCCAAAUCAACUCGGUUCGUGCAAUGCUCCAGGAGAAACUUCCAAAUGGAAUUCCUGAUGACGUCAACACCGAUUUGAAUCUCUGUCGUUGGUUGAGAGGAUAUCAUGGAGAUAUGGAAAAAAUCGUGAAGAACUUUGCAACAUAUUUGGCAUCUAGAAAAGCAGCUGGAUUUGUUGGAGACGAUUUUGCGGAGAAGUUCUUCGAACUUCCGGAUAUUGAACCUUUCCUGCAGUACAUUGCUUCUUCAAGACUCCAGGAUCGUCAAUGGUCGGAUGAACAUAACGCGUUUUUAUUUGUUGAAAGAGCUUGGUCCCAACCAAAAGAAUUCAUUAAAACUUUCAAAACCAGUGACUAUCUUCUUCACUGCUUUGGAUACUCUGAAAUGCUUCAACAACUUAUUUUAAGACGAGAAAAGAAGCAGUCGGCUGAUAAAGGACCCGUUCAGUUCAUCGUUAUUUUUGAUCUCAAUACUGUCAAUAUUACGGAUUACGUCAACCCAAUGUCCGGUUACAUGAAAUUGUGGCAAAUCAGAAGUGAGCUCUGGCAAGAUUGGUACCCAGAAAUGGUUCAACGAAUCUAUUUGACCAAUCCCCCUCGAUUGCUUGGACUUCUGUGGAAAGUUGCCCGAGUAUUUUUGUCCGAAGAGAAUUUGAAACGAAUCGAAAUUAUCUCCCACACUCCAGAUCUUGCUGGAAAGUUCCUGCCAGCAUGGCUAGUUCCAAAAGAGUAUGGAGGAGAAUUCGUGAAUACCGUACCACCCGGAGACGAAACGGGAGUGUCAAUUCGUCGUAAAAUCACUUCAGCUGACUACUACAAACCGUAUCUCCACUAUAAAUCCCAUGGAAUCGAACGUCCGAAACCAAGCCAUAAAGAUGUUUCACCAUCGGAUAAGUUCAUUUUCAAGAUUCAAGUUCCAAAGGAUAAGAAGCUGUUGUGGGAUUUCACAGCCAGCGGAGAAGUUCAAUUUGCCAUUUACAGAGGAAAUAACCGAAACGAUCUCGUUUUUCCAAGUCUCCACUUGAUCACCAACAAACUCAACGAAGAAGGAACCCUGAAUGAUGUAUCCGAUUCGGAAGUCUCAUUUGAAUUCCAAAAUCUUUCCGGAUACUUCACUCUGAAGCUGGAGUAUACCGUUGCCAUCGUCUAA